AAGUUGUAAGAAUGAAUGGAAAAACUGAGCACAUGAAUGGCGGCAUGGAAUCUCCAGAUAAAGAAGUGAACGGAGAGAAAGAAGAACAAACAGAUAAGGAUGGAGAGAAGGAAAGUGACGAGAACAAAGAUCAAGAGGUGCUCUUGAUACAGGACACUGGUUUUAAUGUGACAAUUACAUGCCCUGGUGUGGAGGAGUUUGAGCUGCCAGUGAGUUCGAUGGAGUUGGUACAAGAGAUUCACCAGGUACUGAUGGACCGUGAAGAUACAUGUCACAGGACAUGUUUCUCUCUACAGUUAGACGGACAGACGUUAGAUAACUUUGCUGAAUUAAAAAGCAUUGAAGGAUUGAAAGAGGGUUCAGUUAUCAAAGUUGUUGAAGAACCAUACACAAUACGUGAGGCACGUAUACAUUUAAGACAUAUCCGAGACUUGUUGAAGUCUGUUGACCCAGGAGAUGCCUACGCUGGUGUGGAUUGUAACUCGGUGUCCUUCCUCAAUAUAAUCACUGCUGGAGAUAUCCUUGAAAAGAAGCACAAAGACUCCCUGGAUUGCACACCCCCUGACUAUAUCAUGCCAGGUAGUAAAGAAAGACCAUUACUACCUCUACACCCAAAUAUCAAAGAACUAAAGACUCCACCAUGUUUGAAAGUUUUGACACUAAGUGGAUGGAAUCCCCCACCUGGAAACAGGAAACUGCAUGGAGAUUUGAUAUAUCUGUAUGCAGUAACCUUAGAGGAGAAGAAAUAUCAUAUCACAGCAUCAACCCGUGGAUUCUAUGUUAACCAGUGCACAGAAGACGUAUUCAAUCCGAAAGCUGCGGCACAGAAAUUCUUGUCACAUACAUUGAUAGAACUACUGAAUCAAUUGAGUCCUGCGUUCAAACGUAAUUUCUCCAUGUUACUUAAGAAACGUGGUCAAAAGCACCCGUUUGAGCGCGUACCCACACCCUAUCAGGUUUACACAUGGAUGGCACCACUACAGGAACAUACUGUUGACUACAUUAGGGCAGAAGAUGCUUUUUCUACCCGACUCGGGUAUGAGGAACAUAUUCCUGGUCAAACAAGAGAUUGGAAUGAAGAGGAUACAAAAAACGAGAGACUCUCUCGUAUAUUAGAGCGGGAGCAGGAGCAAUCAGUGGUUUACGGUUCAAUAGAUUUUGGAAAAACUGUUGUCACAAAUGAUAAAUACAAAGAAUUGUUACAAAAAUCUGCUAGUCAACUAAAAAUAAGACCUCACAAGGUAUUGAAUGAGAAGGAGGAGGAAGUGGAGUUGUAUUCAUCUAUAGAGUGUAAGGGAAUUGUGGGUAACGAUCAGAGACAUUACGUUCUAGAUCUGCUGAGGACGUUCCCUCCAGAUGUUAACUUUUCUGAAGUUUCACCAGAUGAGUUAUCUAAUGAUAUGAGAAAUCAUGGUUAUCCCCUUAAACACAGGCACAAGUUAUGUUGUCUUAGACAGGAACUUGUUGACGCGUUUGUAGAAAAUCGAUAUGUAGCAUUUGUACGCACUGCGGCCUACCACUUUCAGCAGAUGCAAAUACACAAAAAAGCCUCUCAGGACCUUGAAAAAGAAUCAAAACUUAAGGCAAUCUCAGCAGCAACAAAGACAGUUGUUCCAGGUGAGAAGGAGAAAUCUGAUGAUAAGGACAUGGCUGAGGCCGAGACGGAGGAAGCUAAAAAAAUUGUUGAGGCCCUUACUGACAAAGAAAAUCAAACAGUUGAGGAAAGCAGUAAGGAUAUAGUCAAGAAGGCAGCUAAAGCUGUAGGAUCUCUUAGUGAAACUGAGUUCAAUCUGACCUUUAACCCCGAUGUCUUUCAAGAAACAUGUCAAACAUGCUCUGCAGUAUUACAGAAGGAGAAACAAGCAGUGAAAGAGGCUGCUGAGUUCCUUGUUCUGCACCAAAUACCUACUCUUGUAAAUGAUUGCCUAGAUCACUCAUCUCCACCAAUAGAUGGCGCCACGUUGACAGAAGCAAUGCACACUCGUGGUGUAAACAUGCGCUACCUAGGCAAGCUUGCAGAGACUGUAUCCAAAUAUAAAUCUGUUUCUUAUAUCUAUACUAUAUGUAUUGCUGAGAUGAUCACACGUGCAGCCAAACAUUUAUACAAGAUCCACAUGCAGGGAAUAGAUCAGACAACACUAUCUGCAGCUAUCAGUCAUUUCUUGAACUGCCUGGUAGGAUCCUUCCCGACACCACACCCUGGAGUUUCAGUGGAUGAGGGUAAAGGAACAAGAAAGAAGAAUAAGAGACGUAACAAGGGUAUAGCUAUCAGUAUUGAUAACACAGAGUGGGUCAACGAAACACCAAAAUCAUUGUGGAAGAAAAUCAUUGAUGAAGUUGACGAGUAUUUUCACUACACACUAGAAUGUGAUUCGAUUGACUCGGCAGUAGAGAAGUAUGGAAUACAGAAAGUAUCGUUACUACGUUCAUUCUGUCAAUGUGUUGGUGUACAGAUCUUGUUACGAGAGUAUAAUCUCGAGAUUAGAAGUAGGGCAAUCUUCGCUGAAGAUGAUAUAGUCAAUGUCUUUCCAGUUGUUAAACAUAUUCACCCCAGGGCAUCAGAUGCUUAUCACUUUUUCUCAAGUGGUCAAUCUAAGAUACAGCAAGGAUCACUUAAGGAAGGAUAUGACCUGAUCUGUGAAGCUCUCAAUCUUCUCAAUAACGUGUACGGAGCCAUGCAUCCGGAGAUUGCAGCAUGUCUACGUCUUCUCGCCAGAUUGAAUUAUAUCAUGGGCGAUUAUCCAGAGGCGAUGAGCUAUCAGCAGAGGGCGGUGUUGAUGAGUGAACGAGUGCUCGGAAUCGAUCAUCCAAAUACUAUAACAGAAUAUGCACAUCUUGCGCUGUAUUGUUUUGCUAAUAAUCAAGUAUCGAGUGCUCUACGUCUGAUGUACAGAACACGGUACCUGGCUCUGCUUUGUCACGGGGAAAAUCACCCGGAAACUGGUCUCAUAGAUAGUAACAUUGGAUUGAUAUUACAUGCUGUUGAGGAAUAUGACCGUUCUCUGACCUUCCUAGAACAUGCCUUACAACUUUACCAAAGAUUUUAUGGAUCAAAGAGCUUGAAGGUUGCCAUGAGUUACCAUUUGGUUGCUAGGACACACUCUUGUCGCGGAGAUUUCAGGGCAGCAUUAAACAGUGAAAAGGAGGCAUAUACAAUCUACAGACAAAUGCUGGGAGAGGAGCAUGAAAGAACAAAGGAGAGUGGCGAAUGCCUCAAACAUCUUACACAACAAGCUGUCGUCUUCCAGAAAAAAAUGAAUGAAAUCGUGAAGGGAGAAAAAGUCACAUCCUUGGCCGGUUUACAGAUUCAAACUCCGUCCAUGCACAGCGUAAUGGAAAUGUUGAAUGUUAUCAAUGGAAUAGUUUUUGUACAAAUUAGUCCUGAUGAAAUUGAAAGGCUCAGAAAAGAAAUUGGAAAGAAACCAGAACAAAAGGCAGGAGAGAAAGAUUCAGAAAGUAAAGCUAGUGAUAGUGGUAACGAAUCUGACAAUGUCAAUUCUCCAGAAAAAGACGAUCUUGCCAAAACUGAGAAACAGUUGAUAAAUGGUGAGGUACAUGUGGAAGAAAUCGCAGUGGGACAUUGAAAUGUGGGGGGAUUAUGAUUUUGAAGUGAUAAACUACUGUAGACAUAGGCAAGCAAAGUGAUCCACAUGAAAAAAAAAUUGAUAUAAAUUGUGUGAUAUUGAAAUUUUUAAGCGCUGUUUUGAGUUUUGGUAACUCUUCACUGUAAUAAAAGAGAGACAAAUUUAGGUUGGUUUUUACUUUUGAUGGUAACUCUCACAGACAAUUGGCACACAGUAACUGGCGCGUAACAGUAUCUCGAAGAUAUCUUUGUUCAGUUCUUGUGUAUAGAUGGAUGAACUGGAAAAAAGUGCUUCACAUCAUUGCUGCAUUGUUGUUUUAGAUUAUCAUGUGUGUUACAAGUGGUGCUUUAUUUAGAAUCUAAAGAGACACACUUCCAGGACAGUCGAAAAGUAUAAACUUUCAAAUCCUCAAACUCGGAGAAAAAAAAAGAUAUUUGAAGUUUUAAAGAAAUGUAAGAAAUUUUUGCAAUCUGUGUAAUGCCUUGCGUGUAUUAUGUAAAAGAAUUUUUGUAUUAAACCCUUAGUCUGCUGGUGUUUUUAACCAUGUGACAAGUGUAGAUGCAGGCAUAUCCCUGGCAUCUGAUCAUUCACUGCACUGUUCAUUAAUGAGUCAAAACAUAUUUUGAAAUUUUCCCUUGAAAAUGAAGUAUUUAAAAUGAGGAAAUAUUUUGAAACUUUCCCUUAAAUUGAAAGUUUUGAAAAGUCACUAGACAAAUAGUCUUAAUAUUUUGAAUACACUGUGAAUCUUUUUAAAAAAAGUGCAAGAAGGUGCUUUUGGUCACCUAUAAUAGAAAUGAAAUAUUGAACAUUUUAUUGGUUAUAUUUUAUAAGAUCAUUGUUUCAUCUAAUAAAGGAAUGCUGAAUUGAAAAUAAAAUCACUGUUCUUGCACCAAAACUUUAAAUGUGAAAAUAAGGGUGACUAUUAUUUGACACGCAGAUAUCAGUUUUCUACUCUCUUUUACAAAUGUAUGAAUAAAACAGACAAUUAAUAGUUUGUAUAAAUUCUCCACAAGUAUUUCUUUAAGUAAUGAUGAAAAUUAGUUGUGAUGAAGAUUUUACUCUACUAUUCUUUAAUAUCUUAUAAAUCUCAAAACAGAUAUUUGAUGAAGGUAUUUGAAAUCUCAUAAUCAUAAUUCAGUUUUAGUUUAUGAUUUUUAACUCCUUUGUUAAGGCACUUUUAUUUCUUGCACUUCCUAUUUUUCUUGCAUUGAAACAAGUUAGAUC